AUGCGCUACCCGUUCGGCAACUCCACCGACUCAUCACCGAUCCGAUUCAAUUGCUCCGCUAAUGGAAUCGCCAAAAUCGGCCAGUUCCAUGUGGAGGAGGUGACGGAGACCAGCAUCACCGUCGGAAUUCGGCCCAAGUGCAACCGCACGAUCGGGAAAAUCGAACGGCUCUUCGGAGAGAACUACGCUCCUUCGAGGAAUCAGAACAUAAUCCUCCUUCAGGAAUGCGAAAAGCCGUUCGAUAGCUGUAUCAUAAGGCGCAAAUUCAUAGAGAAUCGCCUGAAUCUGAACAGAUGCAAAUCCGCAAACAACGUGAGCUGUUUCUCGUCGUCGGAAGGGGGAGUUAUUAUGGCGGACGUGAUGAGCUUCGACGAUAUCGUUAACAGGAGCCAGUGUAAGUUUUGGUUCUCCUCGAUUACCUCCGAAUCGAGCGAUGGUUACUCGGAGGUCUCGCUCGAGUUCGAGCGAGUCAAGCUGAGCUGGUGGCUGAAAGGCGGUUGCGGCAACACGACUUGCUCGGAAAACACCAAAUGUACAGUGGUUAAGCUCUCAGACGGCGCAGUAGGUCACAGGUGCUCAUGUCUCGAUGGAUUUCACGGCGACGAUCUCGGCGGCGGCCGUUGUCGAGGAGCUUCGAAUGGCCUUGGUGGAUCCGUCAGAGUGAUUGUCCUUGGUGCUGGGAUUGUGUUUGGAGCAUUGUUGAUGGUGGUGUUGAUAGCGAUAUGUUUCUGCCUGCAAAAGCGUUUUGUCUCAUCACGGAGUCUCUCCAUCGCCAAACGUCUCUUAUGCGAAGUCGCAGGCAAUUCCAGCGUUCCCUUCUACACAUUCAAAGAAAUCGAAAAGGCCACCGACGGAUUCUCCGACCAGAACAAGCUCGGAACCGGAGCCUACGGCACUGUCUACGCCGGAAAACUCGCAAACGGCUCCCGGGGCGCCGUUAAACGACUCAGACGGCGAGACACCAAAAGCAUCGACCAAGUCGUCAACGAAAUCAAACUUCUCUCUUCCGUUAACCACCCGAACCUCGUACGUCUCCUCGGCUGCUGCAUCGCCCAUGGCGAACCCAUUCUUGUCUACGAGUUCAUGCCCAACGGGACGCUUUCUCAGCACUUGCAACGCGAAGGAGGAAACGCGCCUCUUCCCUUGCGGCUGCGGCUAGCGAUCGCGUCUCAAACCGCUAACGCAAUCGCCCAUCUACACUCCUCUGUCAACCCUCCAAUUUACCACCGCGACAUCAAGUCCAGCAACAUUCUCCUCGACUACAGCUUCAACUCAAAGAUCUCCGAUUUCGGUCUCUCCAGACUCGGCAUGACCGAGUUCGACGCCUCUCAUAUCUCCACGGCUCCGCAAGGGACACCUGGUUAUCUGGACCCACAAUACCAUCAAGAUUUUCAGCUCUCCGACAAGAGUGACGUCUACAGUUUCGGUGUCGUUCUGGUCGAGAUAAUCUCGGCCAUGAAAGUGAUCGACUUCUCUCGGCCGUUCAGUGAAGUGAACCUGGCCGCCCUUGCGGUCGACAGAAUAGGGCAAGGCCGAGUGGAAGAGAUUGUAGAUCCGUAUCUCAAAACAGAGACCGACCCGAGAAAGUUUGGGUAUGUUCAAAAUGCGGCCGAACUUGCUUUCCGGUGCUUGUCCUUCCACCGGGACAUGAGGCCUACCAUGACGGAAGUCGCAGAAGAACUCCAACGAAUUAGGGUUUUGUAUACUGAAGCUGAGAAUCCGGAAAGCUCAGUUGAUGGGGUCAAAAGCUGAACCCCCUUUAUGGUUUCAUUCACGGUUUCUUGCGGUCCAAGUAAACGAUCCCUGAGAUAUAAACGGAAGGAUUGCAGAAGUUUUGUAUAGACAAAGUCUAAGCUAUGAUCUCAUUGAACCACCCUUGUAAACUAAACAAUUUAUUUGUAUGUUUUUUUUUUUAACUCGAACGACGAACAUUGAUAAAUA